AUGCUAUCUUCAGUUGUCUACUCAAUAGAAUUACCUUAUUUAGGUGCAAUAUUACUAGGAAAAUCUCCAUUAAAUUUUAUGUCAUUUCAAAAACCAUUACGUGAAUUAUAUAUGACAUACUUUCAAGAACGAAUUCAUGAUGAACGUCGUAUUAUAAUAUCUGAUUGUGAUUUGUUAAUCUUUGAACAUGAUUCAACUGUCAAAAGAAAACGUUCAUUAAUUUAUUCAAAUUUUGAAUCAAUUGUUGAUAUACAAUUACUGAAGCUAUCAUUUAUGAUCAGUAAUACAGACUAUCCACAACAUAAAAGUGUACAAGCUGCUUUUUUACCUAUCGGCUAUGAACAUCAACAACGUUUUCAUUCACUUUAUACAAAAAUUAAUAAAUCCCAAUACAAUAUUCUUUCACGAUCAACAUCAUGUCAUCCACCACUUCUAUUGUUUGUUAUACGAAAACCUGAUCUUGGCAGUUCAAGUUCGCUUCUUGAUUGUCAUGUGUUUGAUUUACAUCGUGAAUCAACAGCAUUUGAUUUGUGUUGUAUGAUGCGUAAAUUAAUAAUUCAACGAACAAUGAGUCCCACGUUAUCAAUCAAAACAACGUUAAUACAUACAAAUGAUAAUAAUAAUGAAAUAACAAAAGAAAAUCGAACUAAAUAUCUUCAACGAAAUCGACCUAUGUCAACAAUGGAACAUCGACACAUUGAUAAUCAGUCAAAAAAAUAUAAACAAAAUAAUCAUUUGCCUGCAAAUGUCAAUUCAAAUGAUGUUGCCUAUUUGACAACAAAUUGCCCUCGUAAUCUCUUCUCGUCGUCUCCGUUACCAAUAAAUAAUGUUCAACAUCCUCUUCUUUUUCAUGACACAUCUAAAGUAUUAUCUAUGAACAAAGACAUUCAUUGUAUGUCGUCACCAUGUUCAACAUUAAAACAACGGCAUUUUAUAAAAGCAUCAUCACAAAUACAAGAUGAGUCUGAUGAAAUUGUUAAUGAUUUAUUAAAUAUUGUUGCUAGUGAACAAAUUAAAAAUCAAAUAUCUAUUAAACGUCAAGCAUCAUUUGAUCGAACAUCGAAUUCAGACGGCAGUACAAUGAAUAAAAAACGUUAUUUUCAUAAUAAAAAGCGUUUAACAAAAUCUAUUACAGCAAUCAAUAAUGUUCCAAAUCAACAAAAACUAAAUUCAAUGGUUGAUGGUCAAUUGUUUCGACCACAAAUUUUACUUAAUCCUUAUGGUGAUAUUGGUAACUACGUACCGAAAUUUUUACGUGAAAAUAUAACAAUGCGUUCAUCCGAUAGUAAUGAAAAUAUAUUUUUUCGUUCUCCAAAUGGGCAAUUAAUAAAUGGUUUUAUUAAAUUAGAUUUUUUACCAGCAAAACAAAAUCAUGAAUAUAAUCAUAUUAAUAAUAAUAAUAAUAAUAAUAAUAAUCAUUAUGAAUCAACACCAUGCUUAGAUCAAGAUCAAAAUAUUUAUUCGCUUGUACAACAAUUACAAAAUAAUCAAACAAAAGCUUCUAUCAAUAUUCAUCAAAUUAAUACAAAUGUCUCCAAUAAGAAACUGAAAUCUACUGAUGAUGAUCAUCGAGUACCAUGUAUACUUAAAUCAAGAGAAGAUAUCAUAAAUGAUACGAAAGUAUAUCCAUCUACAUCGAAUUCGAAUUUUCAUUCACUUUCUUCUAAAUUCAAUAUUUCUGCAUCUAAAUCAAAACCAAAACGUGUUGCUUCAUUUUCAAUUGGUGAUACAGAAUUACCAAUUGAUUAUCGACAAUAUUUACGUCAUACAGAUCAAGGUGCUUAUCUCUAUGGCGAAGAACAACGUCAACAACAACAGCAGCAAUCACUUGAACAUUCGCUUGGAUAUUUUCCAUAA